AUGUUUAAGAAAAAGGAGCCUAAGGAUGGUACGCUCAAGGGCUCGGGCAAGAUCAGCAAGGCCCAGACCAGCAGCUUGGCCUUGCUGGUCACCCAGAUGCAAAAGAAUGCCGACACGGUGGAGAAAGACAUCCUCCGGUCGGAGGACCUGCUGGCUGUGGACGCUGAAAAUGACAAGAAUGAGCGGCCCUGCGAGCACCAGGCUGAGAUUUCAGACAAGCUGGGCGAGGCUGAGGGCCUGCUGCAGGACCUUUUCCUCGACGUCGACAAAGCCAAGAAGUCCAACCACCCGCAGGCCAAAGAGAUCGAGAGCGAUAUCCUCCUCCUCCACGAGCGCUGGUUGAAGGACUGCGUCGUCUACCGAGAAAUCUUCGAGCAGGUUGACGACGUGUCGCUGAUGCCCAGAAUCGACUGGGAGCCUGUUUUAAACGAGAAGCAAAAACUGGUGAACGCGGAGGAGUACGGCCCCACCAUCGCAGACCUGGAGAAGCAGCUCGCUGCUCACAACAUCCUGCACAAAGAGGUCGAGGCCUACAACUCGCAGCUCUGUGUCAGCUCUGCAGGCAGCAAGGAUAAAUAUCUCGUCCUGAAGAAGCAGUACAACAAUCUACUGGACAACUCCAAGUGGCGUCGCCACUACCUGAACAGCCUGUACGAAUACAUGAACAGCACCAACAAGGAACUGGUGUUCCUGGGAGAAGAACAAGAUAAGAUCAAAAAGCAGGACUGGAGCGACCGCAUGGUGGACCCACCUGACAUCCGCAGGCAGUAUGAGAACUUCAAAAACAACAGCCUGCUGUCCCACGAGAGCGAGGUGAACAAACUCCAGGACGAAGGAGAAAGACUUGUGGGACUGAAGCACCCUGCCAGUGACACAAUACAGGCUCAGAAGGAUGCUGUUCGAAACGAGUGGCAGAAAUUCCUCAAUCUCUGCAUUUGUCAGGAGACACACCUGGACAGUCUGGAGGAAUACAAAAGGUACCAAAUGGAGACUGAGCAGCUGUCGGAGACAUUGACCAAACUCAACAACAGCCUGGACCCCAAGUCCAUCAGCAAGAAGAGCAACUCAGAGAUGCUGAUGCAGCUCGAGGCCGAGGAGAAGGCUGUACAGAACAGUGAGCAGCUGCUGGCAGACCUGAGGAGACGCAGCACCACCAUCGCUCCUCUGAAGCUACGACGCAACGCCCCCAACAGACCCAUCACUGUGGAGUCCCUGUGUGACUGGGAGACAGAUAAGGAUUCUCUGGAAAGAGGUGAUAAGUUCACACUGAAAUCUAACUCAGAUGAGAACUGGGACAUUACCUCCACUGAUGGAGCAAGAAAAACCUUCCCGGGAGUUUGCUUCCAGAUCCCUCCACCUGAUCCAGAGGCCAUUGACAAAGUGGACCUGUUGGGUGGUGAACUGGCAGACAUCAAGAAGAGGAGAGCUGCUCUGGCGACGUCCCUAAAGAAUCAGAAAUCUGAUUUCUCCAGGUCCCUACAAUCAGCCCCAGUGUCUUCUGCCCCACUGGAUCCCAAAGUGGCAGCUCUGGCUCAGCAGCUGGACCAGCUGGACAGUGACCUGGCCAGCUCUGAGGAGAGCAUGCUGAGCCGCCUUCGAGCCCCGCUGAGCCGCAGCGACCCGGCCGGAGAUCUGGCCAAGAGGCUGAGGGAACAGGAGGAAGCGGCCCGGGCUCUGAAGGCUCUGCAGCAGCAGAAGCUGGCAGCUCAAGCUAACAUGCAGCCCCUGCUGUCCAAUGACCCCAGCUCUUCUGCACUGCCACUCAAACUGAGUGAUGUAAACAACAAGUUCGACAGCAUCGAAGCACUUGCUGACCUCUACAACAAGAAAGCGAAUGCAUCUCUCAACCUGGAGAGUCAGAUUAAGAAGGUGGACGGCCUCGUCUCUGGGUUUGAGAAAAAGCUGAGUGACGAUAGUCCAAUCCCUGACGUGCCAAGCGCAAUCCAAGCCCGCGCUGAGGACAUGCAGUACCAGCGUAAGUCUGUGGCAGCCUCUCAGGACGACAUGAAGAAGCUGAGUCAGGAUCUGGAGACCACAGAGCAGCUGUGCAGCUCUCUGCAGCAGGGCUACCAGGAGUACUGCCCUGACAUCCGCCGCCAGAGAACAGAGGUCAAGCAGCUGCAGACCCGCUACGGGAACGUGGCCAACCAGCUGAAGGAGAGAGAAAACAUCUUACAAGAAGCUUCAACCAAGAACCAGGAGUUCCAGAGCACGUCCAAAUCCUUGAAUUCCUUCCUGGACAACCUGCCACAAAACCAGAUUAGCGUCAAUGAUGAUCUGUCUCAGAUCGCUGCCAAGCAGAGCUCCCAAGAGAGGGUGAUGGAUGACCUGAAGAGGAAGGGAGAUGACGUAGACAGAGUGGUUGACCUGUCUCAAGACCUGCAGGGUCUUCUCAAUGAAUACGAGACCAACGUUGACAAAUACAACAGUACACUUGAGGAUGCUGGCGCCACUGUAGCCAAUAAACCUCGUAUGCUCAAAAUGGCUGAUGCUGUUCAGAAAGAGGAAAAGGAUCUGGUCAACCGUUACGCUGAAGCAACAGCUGAAAACACCCAACGGCAAAAACAGAUGGGCUUGGCUAGGAAUCUCAUUUUACAAAAUGAAGACAAAGUCCAAAUGGUGGCACAGCAACAAGUGCAACUUGAAAGCCAGCAAAGGAGUUCUUUUGAGCUAAGUAGUCUGUUAAAAGAGAUUGACGAAGAGAAGGAGCGGAAAACUCAUACCGAGACAGACCUGAGAUCCUUUAAAGAGAGGCUGAUUUCUCUGAAGAGUCGCAGAGGAGUGUCGCGAGUUGAGGAGAAAGAAGUGCUGCAGUACUACCGUGACCCAAAACUGGAAAGUGAUUUGUCUGAUCUGCAGAAAACACUGCAUGAGGAGUCCCUCAGGCGUAGCACUACACACACUGAAGUUGAGGUGUUUAACAAGAAAAUCACCAUCCUGGAGGAAACCCUCAAAAGCACUUCACCCAAACUGUUGACCAGAGAGGUAACAGAGUUUGAGAAAGAUCCUCAGCUGGACAUAGAGGCCGCCAAGAUAAGAGAAGAAAUAGCCAGGAUGAAAGAUGAAAUUCGAGUGAGAGAUGGGGAACAUAUUCAGAUGAAAACAGAGGUCACGAUUCUCUCGCAGAAGAGACCAAACAUCAAAGAGAGGGUGGUUAAGAAGGAAGUGCUUAAAGUGGAACAGGACCCGCAGAUGUUGAAAGCAGUGCGGACAUUUGGGAUUGAAAUUUCUGAUGAGGACAACAAUACCAAGCUCAUCAAUGAUGAAAUCUUCCAGACAAGGAGCCAGAUAAAUGCCCUUGAGAGACUGAUUCCUAACAUUCUGCCUAAGGUCAUCACUAAGGAAGUGAAAAAGAUUGAACAAGACCCUGAACUCAUCAAUGAAUCCAAGAGGAUUCAGUCAAGCUUGCAGGAAGAGAGUGUAGAAAACAACUCUUUGUACAGAGAGGUGACGGAGCUCCACAGUCGCUACCAAGAAGUUCAAAGCUGGAAGCCAAAAGUCGAGGUGAAGGAAAUCACUAAUGAGAUCUACCGGAUUGACCCGGGCACAGAGGUGGAGAUAAUGCGGAUCAGGAAAGAGAUACAAGAAUCCAACAAGCACCGCUCUGACAUGGAGAGAGAAAUCACCCAGGUCAUGUCUGAUGUGUCUAUCCUUCGUUCUGAGAAGCCGAAGGUAGAGACAAAGGAAGUUUUCCAAGAGGUGAUUAAGGAGGAAAGAAGCCCUGAAAAUGAGAAAGAGAUUCAGAGGCUAAAUGAUCAGGUGAACUAUUUACACACCACUUACAACUCCCUCCAGGACCAGGUGAGAUUGCAGAUAAAAGAAAGAGAUGAAUGGAAGGCUGAAAAGUCCAAGAUAGAGACCAAAGUCCUCACCAGAGAAGUCAUCAAGUAUGAACCUGAUCCUCUGUUGGAGAAAGAAGCUGACCGCUUAAGAAGAGAUGUGCGGGAGGAGGCACAGUUGCGUCGCAACACUGAAGAGAUGGUGUUUGAUAUGCAAAACAAAUACAUCCUGUUGGAAAGACAGAGGCCUGAGGAGAAAGUGGUUAUGCAGGAGGUUGUACGUUUACAGAAGGACCCAAGGCAGUUGGUCGAACAUGAUAGGCUCGGCAGGAGCCUGGAUGAAGAAGUGAUGACCCGCCGUCAGCUGGACCUAGAGUUGCAGCAGCUGAGAACAAAGGUGGAAGAUCAAGAGAGAAUCCUCAGAGAGAGUGAUGAGCGUCAAAAGAGGGUUCAAGCCGAGUUUGAACUCAGAGAGCUCCGACUGCGCAUCACGCAGCUGGAAAAUGCCCCACCUCCCAUUGAGGAAUGCAUUGUUGUUGAGGAGGUACUGAAGGUUGAAAGAGACCCAAAACUGGAGAGGUUGACAAGUGGUGUUCGGUCAGACAUGGACAAGGAAACCAGCAAUAUCUUGCGUUUCCAGAGAGACAUCCGUAACAUCACUCAUAGGCUUGAGAUCCUGCAGAGGGAGAAGUCUGGUGAGAAGACAGUGUACAAAGAGAUUGUCCGUGUUGAGAAAGACCAGGCCGUUGAAGCCGAGAGGGAUCGCCUGAGGGAACAGGUGUCUGAGCAAAGAUUUACCAGACAGGACCUGGAAGAUGAAAUUCGACGUUUCAAUGAUAAAAUCAACCUUCUGACGGGCGGCAAAUCCAGCUCUUCAAGAGAGGAGUCUACCCUCAAUUUGAACAGAGAUGCCUUAGAAAGGGAGAAAGACAACCUCACGCGGGAGCUCAGGACACUCGAAGCCUCGAGACACGACAUCAGCUUGUCUUUCCAGCAGCAGAGCAGGCUAAUGAGUGAGAGGACGCAGAUGGGCAGGCAGAAGAGCCUUAUGAUGGAGUCUGACACUCAGCGUCUGGAGAGGGAGAUCCUGGACGAAAAAGACAACAUCCAUCAGCGAGACAGCGUCAUCCGGGAGCUUCUGCAGAAUGUGCAUAAAGAGGAGAAUGCAGAGACGAGGACCAAAGAGACCAAUGUCUCCACCAAAAUCACCAUUCUGGAUCCAGAUACAGGCAAAGACAUGUCCCCUUAUGACGCCUACAUGCAGGGCCUGAUUGAUCGUCAACAGUACAUUAACCUGCAGGAGCUGGAGUGUGACUGGGAGGAGAUAACUUCUCUGGGACCUGAUGGAGAGACAUCGGUACUGCAAGAUCGCAAGAGUGGGAAGCAGUACUCCAUUAAAGAGGCCCUGAAGGAAGGCCGGCUGACGGAGAAUGAUCUACAACAGUACAAAAAAGGCAAAAUGCCCAUCUCAGAGUUUGCCUUGCUGGUUGCGGGUGACAAUAAGAAGCAACCCAAGUUCAACUCAAUCAUCCACACAUCCUCCACGACAGUGAAAUCAGUCCCCUCAGACCUCUCCACCGCUAAAGAUAUCUACCCAGUUGCUGGAAUAGUGGAUACAAACACUGACACCUGCUAUACAAUACGCAACGCCACCCUGAAUAAACUGAUCGACCCAGUCACUGCCCAAAAACUCCUGGAGGCUCAAGCAACAACAGGCGGCAUAAUUGACAUCAGCAACAAACAGAGAUACACAGUUCAUAAGGCAACAUCCAAAGGCCUCAUUGAGGACAGUCAACUCCAGAGGUUACUCAAUGCACAAAAGGCUUUCGCUGGUGUUGAAGACCCAAUGACCAGAGAGUGUUUAUCUGUGGGAGAAGCUGUGCAGAAAGGCUGGAUGCCAAAGGACACUGCCAUUCGCUACAUGGAGGCACAGCACCUGACGGGAGGGCUGGUCAAUCCCACCACCGGCUGCAGAGUGAACAUCUUUGAUGCCAUUGGGGCCAAAAUGAUCGACAGCACAAUGAUGAGGGAGCUGCAGGCCGAGACGACGUACAUCAAGGAUAUUGUAGACCCAAUCACAAAGGAGAAGAUCAGCUACAAACAAGCUCUGGAUCGCUGUAAGAUAGACCCGGUGUCAGGCUUACCGAUGCUGCCUGCCUCCUCCAAAGAGUCUGGUUACAAAUCCACUAGAUAUGCAAGAUUCUAGAUAUGUUUACAACAUAGUUGGAGUUAUCUGGUCUGUGGAGUGUUGUCGCAAUUGUUUUUUACUGUUAGCUUAUGGGAAAUCCAUACAUUAAUUACAAUGUACAUUUUGACUCAGGAAAAGUCUUCUAAUGCAACACUUUCUAGCCAAAAUGAUUGCUGCUGUGUUGCCUUUGUUUAUCAAACAUGUCUGAUGUGGGCAGAUGAUUUUUUUAUUUUAUUUAAAAACUGAGAAUAUAAAUGCAGUUUAUCUUUGAUAAUAUUGUGUUAAUAGGGAUACUGGGACAUGGUGCAAUGCUAUUUACGAAGAUUGAUUUGAUUCUGUAAUACUCAUGGGCUAUCCUUGACACUGUUGACUUUGAAUUCAAUCUUGUUUGAUACUUU